AUGAAACCAAGAAAACGAAUGUUUACACUUGUCGAGUCGCUUUCCUCAAAUCAAGAACUUGGCCUUGAGCCUUCUUAUGAAUUUGAAUUUUCGGAAAUCAUUCAUCAUAUAUUUCUAAAAACUGAUAGCUUGCCUGCUCACUUGCUGAGUAUUCGAGUGUUCAAGUAUUCAAGGCUGUUCGGGAUGAAUACUUAA